UGCAACUCUUCAAGUCUUCUCCCGCCAACGGCUCCCAGUUAUCAAACUCUCGUGAACAACGUUAGUUGCUCCAAGUAGUCGCGGAUAGACUCAAGCUCCUAGAGACUAGAGAGGAAGCUCUGCAACCGUCGCUAUUUGGAGGCCACUUGGUUUCAAGGCUACUUCUAGUAACGCUGUUGUGGUUGCUGUUUCUGCAAUGGCAGCAAGAAUCAUAGCACAUUUGAUUGUGGUGGGUUCUGGGAUGAUGAUAAGGGCAUUUGCUCAAGCAUAUCGACAGGCAUUAAGUAAUGCCUCAAAGACUGGUGCUGCUCAAGAGGUUGCACAAAACAUUAAAAGGGCCGGCAAAGCAAUAACUGAAACUGAGGCAAGGCAAGUCCUUGGCGUCGCUGAGAAUUCGUCAUGGGAAGAAAUCAUGCAGAAGUACGAUAACUUGUUUGAGCAAAAUGCAAAGAACGGAAGCUUCUAUCUCCAAUCAAAGGUGCAUAGAGCAAAAGAAUGUCUAGAAGCUGUGUACCAGAGUAAAUCUGAGGGAACAAAUUAAAGAAUUUAUUUUUGGAUGUUAUUGUUAUCCCUUUUGAUACAUUAGAUUCUGACAUAGUCAAUCUACUAAGGUGAGGUCUGCCUUGUAAACGUAUAACUUGCAUUGCCGGAGGAGCCUAUAUGAACUUGUGUUGUGUCGUGCCUCUUGCGGAAAUUAUUUAGUUAUUAUAAAGAAAUCAUUAAUUAGUGUUGAUUAAA